AUGCAUCUCCAGCAUCGCGGCGAGAGCCACGGUCACCAGACCAGCAGAACUGGCGUCCACUUUCAAGCUGUGGAUGCCUUUGGCCUGACGAGUUGGUUUCUGAGGCUUCCUAAAUGUCCAGCUAGUAUCGCGCAGGGGCACCUGGAGAUCGGAUCUUUGGGUGGACUCGUUGUAACGGUCCCAUGGAAGUAUGCCGCUCAACGCACAAGGGUUCUGAGCAGCGCACAAGACAAAGAAAUGUAUUCGGCCAAAAUCGACCGUGCAAUCGAUGCUGACCACCGUGUCAUGCCGGGUGCUUAUUCGACUUCGACUUCGACUUCUAGUUGUAUUGGCGUCAUUCGGUUUAACCUCAGCGAAAGGGAGGACAAAGCCGCGUCGCCAAGGCAGACACAGCUACGCGUCGAAGAACGAUGCACUGCCGCCGCCGAGUGCUUGGUCCCGGCGAUCAGUGUGAGCAUGAACAACUUGGACGGUCGAGAAACGUCCUCUCGACCUCCGUUUAGCCUGUACUCAAGCGAGAGCUCUGAAGACCAGGCGGUCGACGAAAGUCUUUGCUUGAAAACAAAGAGUUUGGCUGCGACCGACAUUGAUUCGAUAGGAACUUCUGCAGGCACAGCGGCGAACUUGCGCAUUCUACCCUGUGCUCAUACGCUGCCGUGUUUCAGGAGUGCUUGUUUCGUCCCCGUGCUGCUCUGUGAGCAUGCCUCGGACUCCUUCGUUCGAGAGUCUGUCAUCCGCGUCAUCUGUUCUGGACCUGAAGACGGCCAACGGCGACUGUGGUCAAUUGGAGUUGGCUUUGUCCUACGACAAAUAUUACCCUUUACGCCAACGCUUCAGUUCCGGGAAAGCUUUGAACAAUGCGUUUUAGAAAGCGACCUGAAAAGGUUGGCCAUCAUGUGCCAGUUGUAUUGCCGACUUGGCGAGAACAAUCAAGCACUCACCCUUGGAUACUCCAAGGUGAGGCUUAGAGAUCUGAAGCUGGAUUCUGCUAGGACUCUUUUGCUCACUAUUGCUCCAUGCAACGAGGAACCAAAAGAAACUGCAGAGGGCCUUGGAAAAAUACAGUUUUCAUUGGUGUUCUCGCCGUCCACGCAGAGAAUCAUGAUCACUGUAUUAAAGGCCAAAAACAUUCGCAGUAUCAACAGCCACGUGCCUUUAAAUGUAUUGGUCAGAAUAUACCUGGUCUGCGGCUCAAAAGUGAAGAGGAAAACUACAUCUUUAAAAAUGGUGCACAACGGAGUGGCGGUUUUCAACGAGUCGAUUUUCUUCCCCGUAUCACAUCUGCAAGUGGAGAACAUUUACCUAAGGCUGAGCGUGGUCGAAUCGGACGCCGAUCUGGAGAUGUCCACGAUUGGACAUGUGACCCUUGGCGCCCGCCGAAACAGCAAAGAAUUCGGCCACUGGGACCAGAUGAUCAAUGAGCCUAACAAACCGAUAACCAUGUGGCACGAGUUGAAAAUGAGGGUCCUCGAGUGA